AUGGCGCUUUACCUUUGCAUCGAUUGCGGGGGAACCAAAGCCGCAGCCGUUGUCGCCAACACUAAGGGUGACAUCCUAGGACGUGGGACAGGCGGCCCAGCCAACUUCAAAGAUGCGGAAUUUGCAAUAUUCUCCUCCUCGGUCAGGACCGCGGUUGACUCUGCCCUCGCGGCCAUUGAGCCGACCCAUACCCAGAAACUAUCCUUGUCCUAUCCUGAUUGCUUGUUCAAGGCUGCGUGGAUUGGCGCAGCUGGAGUGGAUCGGCCGCAAGACAUCCUCGACCUCACACCAUUCUUUUCCAAGCUUCUUUCUAUUCCUGCAGGCUCUCGUCUCAUCAUCGAAAAUGACACAACACUCCUGGCAUCGCCAAUAUACAAAUUCCCUGAAGUCCGUACAGCCAUUAUUGCUAUCUCAGGGACAGGAUGCAUAGCUACAGCCUUCAGACUGGGCGAAAGCGGUCACCUUCAGAGAGUGAGUCGCGCCGGAGGGUGGGGUUGGAUCCUUGGGGAUGAGGGAAGUGGUUAUCAUAUUGGUCGAGAGGCCUUGCGCCGCAUUCUAGGCAAUUCAGACCAUGAACAAGCAAGCCCACCUUCUAGCGCAUGUGUGAAACCUGUCGGUUCUCCUACUUUGCAACACCGCAUUUUCGAGCACUUCGGCAUCAGUUCCGGCCCCGACAUUCUUACCGUUGUUUACGCCCCUGAUCCUCCCUACAACAGCUACAGUCGUGCUCAUCCAACGUCACCCCGUCCCUUUUACCUCGAAAUGGAGCGCAAGGCACGAGUUUCGACAUUGACCCCUAUUGUUUUCCAAUCAGCCUUGUCGGACGGCGAUCCCACCGCUUUGGACAUUCUUCGCACAUCAUCAUUUCAUACUGCGCGUCUCAUCACUCAAAAUCUUGCCCCCAUCGUUGAAGGUGGCCCAGAGGCGUCGGACAGUAUCCUUUGCUUUGGUGGGAGUCUUGUUGGUGUGAAGGGAUUUCGGGAUAUGGUGAUUGAUCAUUUGAAGGAUCAAGGGCACGUGUUCAAGCAUGUAGAGUUCGUCGGGGAUGGUGCAGGGAGCGGGGUUUUGAGGCUGCUAACUCUAUUUGAGAACUCACCAGACGGUGUGACCUCUUGAAGCAUAUACUUAUUUUAUCGAGAUCAUCACGCACAUCUUUUCGCAAUUCCUGCAUUAAUGACAUUCGUGUAUAGACUAGGUUCCAUUUUCAGGGUAGUUAUUGUUUGAACAACAUACAUUUAUCGUCUACGGG